UUAAAAAAAUACCAAAAAAAAGUUAACCAAAAAUUUAAAGAAAUAUCUUUAAAAAAAAACAAGAAUGGCGAAUAAUAAUAAUAAUUAUGAUAACGAGGCCGAUAAUGAUGGCUGCCGCCUGCGCGAAUUACCACGACAUAGACGCAGUAUUUCUCAACUUAUAUACAAUUUAGAUUAUGAUUUCAAUGAACGUAAUGAAGGCAUAACAAAUCAGGGAUAUCAGUACGAUGAAUUAAACUACAAUUAUAUGUAUGGACAAUUUGAUGCGACAACAGCAAGUGCUAAUAAUAUGGCGGAGAAUAAUACACUGCAGCGUGCUGACGAGCGAUCAAUUGUCAAAACCCGAGAAACUUCUGAACACAAUAGCACUGUGGAUAGCAUAAAUAGUGUGGAGCAACAUGAUCAUUCCGGUUGUUUGCCAGAUUUCCAGUUUUCCAUGAUAGAAGCUGAAUACGAUGAAGGUUUGAUAAUACCCGAUUCGUUAACCAUACUAUCGAUAGGCGGUGAUAAACCCGUAUUAGUGGAACGUAAAGAAGGCACAGAUGAUGAUGAAUUCGAUGAGGAUGAUGUGGAGUUGAGGCGUUUGACAGUGAUACCUUUUACGCGUUUAUAUGGGCCCAGUAUUAAAUUUACCUCAUUUCAACGCAAAGUCUUUAUGCCGGGCAUAGAGAUACAAGUGCGUUUCAUAGAUACGGAAAGAAGUGUUACCACUCACUUGCUAAAUCCGAAUUUAUACACCAUUGAACUUACCCAUGGUCCUUUUACCUGGACCAUUAAAAGACGCUAUAAACAUUUCAGUUCCCUGCAUCAACAGCUCAGCAUUUUCCGCACUUCGCUCAAUAUACCCUUUCCCAUACGCAGUCACAAGGAGAAACGUGCCACCAUCAAAAAUGCUGCUGCACUACAAAUGGCCGAUGAGAAUCGUAUUAAAGAAUUGCAAAAAUCUGCUAGCUUUAAAACUUCCUUAUCAAAUGGUCACUCUGUAUCUUCGCGCACGGCAGGGCCGUCAAAUAUGCAGACAAUGCAAAACAUUAAUAUGGAUCCUUUGAAUACCGCGGAACGUGGUAGUAGGCGCAAGAAACGUAAAAAACGUAAAUUACCCCGAUUUCCCCAGAGACCAGAAUCGCUGGUGACAGUAGAAGCUAUGCCGGAACGUAUUCAGCAAUUAGAGGAUUACUUAUAUAAUUUGCUGAAUAUCAGUUUGUAUCGAAAUCAUAAUGAGACGCUCAACUUUGUCGAAGUCUCCAACGUUUCCUUUGUCGAUGGCCUGGGCAUAAAGGGAAAAGAAGGCGCAAUACUAAAACGUACCGGUUCGACACGACCCGGCCAGGCGGGCUGUAAUUUCUUUGGUUGCUUUCAACAAAAAUGCUGUGUGCGUUGCAAUUACUUCUGUUCCGAUGUUGUAUGCGGCUCGUGGCGCAGUCGAUGGUUUUUUGUGAAGGAAACUUGUUUCGGUUAUAUACGUCCUUCAGACGGUGUUAUACGUGCUGUGAUAUUAUUUGAUAUGGGUUUCGAUGUCUCGACGGGUAUCUAUCAGACCGGCAUGCGUAAGGGUCUGCAGAUAUUGACCAACAACCGACAUAUUGUAUUAAAAUGUUGGACACGAAGAAAAUGUAAAGAAUGGAAUGAUUAUUUGAAACAAACUGCCAACACCACUGCCCGAGAUUUCACCAUGCCCAAUCCACAUAAUUCUUAUGCACCAGAGAGAUCGGAUAUAACGGCUCAAUGGUUUGUGGAUGGUUCGUCGUAUAUGUCGGCGGUGGCCGAUGCUUUAGAGGCUGCUACUGAGGAAAUUUAUAUAACCGAUUGGUGGUUGAGUCCGGAAAUCUAUAUGAAAAGACCAGCGGUAGAUGGUGACUAUUGGCGUUUGGAUAAGAUAUUGCUGAGAAAAGCUAAGGAGGGCGUAAAAGUGUUUGUUUUGCUCUUUAAGGAGGUGGAAAUGGCUUUGGGCAUUAAUAGUUACUACAGCAAGCAGAGGCUAGUUAAUUUGCAUGAAAAUAUUAAGGUCAUGCGUCAUCCCGACCAUGCCAAAGUGGGUGUCUUCUUUUGGGCUCAUCAUGAGAAAAUUGUGGUGGUAGAUCAAACAUAUGCCUUUUUGGGAGGAGUAGAUUUGUGUUAUGGUCGCUGGGAUGAUUAUCGUCAUCGUUUGACAGAUCUGGGCAGUAUAACCACCUCUUCUGCCUCGGGCAGCACACGACGUCCCGGCGGUUUCUUUAAUCGUGAAGAAGUAGAUUCCGCCUUUGGCUCCAGCAAAUCUUCCCGCAAUAUUAACAAUGAAUUGCACAAAAGUGAACAGGAAUUGGAGAGACUACAAACGGAGACCACUUCCAAAAAUACCCUAGAACUUCCGAUGCUUAUACCCGGAGAUAAACUAAUGAUACCUACCCCUUACACCAACAAUGGCGAUAAUAUCGAUUUGGAAGGACUUAAACUAAAUACCCCAGAAAUGGAACGUAAAAAUAUGUUGAAAAAUCUUAAGGACAAUGCCAUGAAAAAGGGCAAAGAUCUUGUCAAUCGUUUAACCGUAAAUGAGGGUGACAAAACUCCCGAGAUAAUUAAAGAUCCCAAACAGCUGGUAUUUAGUAUACCAGAAAUUGAAGAGGGCCGCAAAGGUGGCUUUGAGGAUCCCACUCCGUUUCAAACCCAAAUACUCGACGACUAUUAUGGUCAGGCCAAGUACUGGUUCGGCAAAGACUAUUCCAACUUCAUCAUGAAAGAUUGGAUGAAUCUGGAUGCGCCCUUUGUCGAUAUGAUAGAUCGUACUACCACACCCCGUAUGCCUUGGCAUGAUGUGGCCAUAUGUGUGGUGGGAGCUGCAGCUCGCGAUGUGGCCCGACAUUUUAUACAACGUUGGAAUGCCAUGAAAUUGGAAAAGAGCCGGGAAAAUCUCUCGUUUCCCUAUUUAAUACCAAAGAGUUAUCAACAGAUAAAACUAAAUCCCAAUAUCACGUUAAAACGCACACAUCGUGUUUCGUGUCAACUGCUGCGCAGUGUGUCUUCCUGGAGUUGUGGUUUCAUCGAACAGGAUUUAGUCGAACAGAGCAUACAUGAUGCCUAUAUACAGACUAUAACUAAAGCUCAGCAUUAUAUCUAUAUAGAGAAUCAAUUUUUCAUUACCAUGCAGUUGGGUGCAGCGGCUAGUCUGGGUCAAGUGCGCAAUCAAAUUGGUGAGGCCCUGUUUAAACGGAUAGUGAGGGCUCACAAAGAACGCAAAACAUUCCGAGUUUAUGUGAUAAUGCCGCUUCUGCCUGGUUUUGAAGGUGAUGUGGGCGGCAAUAGUGGCAUUGCUGUGCGAGCCAUUACCCACUGGAAUUAUGCUUCAAUUUCAAGAGGCCGCUCAGCUAUUUUAGUGCGACUGAAAGAAGUCGGCAUUGAAAAUCCAGGAGAAUACAUAUCAUUCCACGCAUUGCGUACACAUUCCCAAUUAAAUAAUGUUCCUAUUACCGAAUUAAUCUAUGUACAUUCCAAACUUCUUAUAGCCGAUGAUCGUGUUGUCAUUUGUGGUUCAGCCAAUAUCAAUGAUCGCUCAAUGAUAGGCAAACGGGAUUCAGAAAUUGCCGCCAUUAUAACAGACAAUGAAUUUGAAGAUGGACGUAUGAAUGGUAAAAAGUAUCCCAGUGGUGUUUUUGCCGGAAGAUUGAGAAAAUUUUUAUUCAAAGAGCAUUUAGGUUUACUCGAUCCCGAUGCUGAACGUAUGCCUAUCGAUAUAAUCGAUCCUGUGGUAGAUCAAUUCUGGAAUGGCAUGUGGAAACGUAUUUCCACACGUAAUACCGAAAUUUACGAUGAAGUUUUUAAAUGUAUACCAAAUGAUAAAGUGAAAUCUUUUGCCAAUUUAAGAAAAUAUCAAGAAGAAGAACCGCCUUUAUUGAAAACCGAUCCAGAUAUUGCCAGUAAACGUUUAAUGAAUAUACAGGGUAAUUUAGUUGAUUUACCUUUGGAAUUCCUUAACAAGGAAGUUCUUACCCCACCUGGUACCAGUAAGGAGGGUCUAAUACCCACCUCCGUUUGGACUUAGUUUAUAUUAUAUUUUAUUUAAGUUUAAUUAUAGACAAAUUGUUAUUAUUAAUUUAUUUAAUUUUAAGCUUUAUCGUUGUUUGAUAAAUUUUAUUUUGGUUUAAUUAGUUGUUGUAUAUUUUAUUAUAUAAAUAUUUAGAUUUAUUUAAAGAUUUUGAAAAACAUAUUUUAAAGAGUGCUAAAAAUCGAGUCACAUAAAGUUUUUUUUUUUAUAAAUAAACCCUCGUGUUCCCCAGAAUGUUUGUAUUUUAAAGAAAAAGAUAUUUAAACAGUAUUUGUUAAGUAGUGGACAAAUGUAAAUUGUAAAUUUAUAAUAUUUAUAGGUAAUAAAUUAUUAGAACAUAUUUUAAAGAAAA